GCGCCUCGGCGCCGGCCAACUCCGCGGCGGUCACCUCGACUCCCGAGACUCGGGGCGGCGCGCGGCGGUCGCCGGUCGCCGCGUCGGCCGGCGGCGUGGAGGCGGAGGGACGCCGCCGAGGGGAGCCUCUCGCGAACGCGGGCGGAAGCGCGAGGCUGCCGGGCGCGCGGAGCACCCUGGGACUCGUAGUCCCGGGGAUGGAGCGAGCCGCGCCGCACGCGGGGCCUCAGGGUCAGAUGGAGGUGUUCCAGGCCCUGCAGCGCCUGCACAUGACCGUUUUCUCCCAGAGCGUCUCGCCCUGCGGCAAAUUCCUGGCCGCGGGCAAUAACUACGGGCAGAUCGCGGUGUUCAGCUUGUCGGCCGCCCUGAGCUCCGAGGCCAAGGAGGAAAGCAAGAAGCCGGUGGUGACUUUCCAAGCCCACGAGGGACCCGUCUACACCAUGGUGUCCACUGAGCGACAGCUGCUCAGCGCCGGCGACGGCGAGGUGAAGGCCUGGCUCUGGGCAGAGAUCCUCAAGAAGGGCUGUAAGGAGCUGUGGCGGCGGCAACCCCCGUACAGGACCAGCCUGGAAGCGCCUGAGAUCAACGCUUUGCUACUGGUCCCCAAGGAGAACUCCCUCAUUCUGGCGGGGGGUGACUGUCAGCUGCACACCAUGGACCUGGAGACUGGGACCUUCACGCGGGCCCUUCGGGGACACACAGAUUACGUCCACUGCCUGGCGCUACGGGAGCGGAGCCCCGAGGUGCUGUCGGGGGGCGAGGACGGGGCCGUGCGGCUGUGGGAUCUCCGCUCGGCCAAGGAAGUCCAGACCAUCGAGGUGUACAAGCAUGAGGAGUGUGCGCGGCCCCACAACGGGCGCUGGAUCGGGUGCUUGGCCACAGACUCUGACUGGAUGGUCUGUGGUGGGGGCCCAGCGCUCACCCUGUGGCACCUGCGCUCCUCCACGCCCACCACCAUCUUCCCCCUACGGGCACCGCAGAAGCACGUUACCUUCUACCAGGACCUGAUCCUGUCGGCAGGACAAGGCCCCUGUGUCAACCAGUGGCAGCUGAGUGGGGAGCUCAAGGCCCAGGUGCCCAGCUCGUCCCCGGGGCUGCUCAGUCUUGCUCUGAACCAGCAGCCAGCAGCCCCUGAGUGCAAGGUGCUGACGGCGGCCGGCAACAGCUGCAGGGUGGACGUCUUCACCAACCUGGGCUACCGCGCCUUCUCCCUGUCCUUCUGAGCACCGCCCAGCACUUUGCAGCCUUUUCAUUUUUAUACAAUAAAAGUUCUGUUUUUUUCA